GGGGCCAUUGAAUAAUUCGAAUUGCGCCCACCCAACAUGGGCUGCACUUUCUUCAUUCUUUUAUCUUCCCUCCUCCAGCCUUUUUCACGAUGCUGCAUCCUCUUCCACCAGUACUUGAAAUACUCGCUUCAUUAUCGCUACCGAGGCCACCACAACCAGAAGAGUGUACAUCAAGGCGUAACAGUUAUGAGCUGACACUCUCGAUAUUGGUGCUCAUAGGCAUCAUAGUCUCUUACUUGCCUCAGCAUUUCCGAAUCAUCCACAAGGGCAGCAGUGACGGCCUCAGUCCUUGGUUCCUACUCCUUGGAUGCCUCUCAACAAGUUGGUCGUUUUUUAAUAUCCUCAUCCUACAAUGGAGGUCCAUCCGAUGUUGUGCAAUCACAAGCGCAGGACGCUGUCUAGAGAGCACACUGUCGAUCGCACAGCUCUUUGUUCAGUCUGUGCUAUUUACUUUAAUAUUCGCCUUGUACCUGAUCUACUUUCCACCCCACAAGAAGAUCAACCCGCUUGUGCGGAAAUGCCGCCUGUUCUGCUUGCCAUCUCGCUCGUUCACCUGGGCAAUCUCUCUCCUCUUCGCAAAGAUCAUUGCCGGAAACGUGGUCGUCUCGACCGUCAUCACGACCAUCCUCCUAGCGUCGGUCCAUAACAGUAUUGAGCGUCAUAGUGCAUGGACACUGGUUUGGGCCGGGUUCUUGGGGAUCGCCAGUGUGCUCUUGACCAUGAUCCAGUAUAUUCCUCAGAUCCUUGAAACGCGCUUUCGAAAGUCCGUAGGUGCGCUGAGUAUUCCAAUGAUGUUGAUGCAGACACCAGGAGCGAUUAUGCUGACAGUUUCGUUGGCGCUGAGCCCCGGGGCCAAUUGGUCUACAUGGCUUCCGUAUGCUUUUGCGGCAGUCCUUCAGGCUGUGCUCUUGGGAAUGUGCCUGUAUUAUCAUUUCAGGACAAGGCGACUGGGCCUCACUUCAUUCCAUACUGCAGAAACGACACCAUUACUGACAGUUCAUGGGAAGCAGAUGCAUGACAGUGUGGGGAGAGACGAGGAGAGGCAAGAGCGAGUGAAGCCUGAAGGCAGGAUUGGCAGUCCUUUGGUGGCGCAUGUCGCGGUGCCAAACACAGGAAUGGGAUCAGGGUCUUAGGAAAUAAAGUUACAAAAAGUCGCGUCUUGAUGCGUUACUAUGCGAAGUAGAUGGAGCAUCUCGUAAGUUUUAUCAAGUCGAGAUUGAAUGUGCCCGACUCCUUGCUGGCCCCUUUAUGGCGACCUAGGCUGACAAACCAUCCGUCGGUCUGGUUUCAUGAGCUGCACCGAGGAGAGGGAUAGUCCUCCCUUCGUCCAUCUAUUCGGUUUGCACUACUUCCUCCAAUUUAAAUAUCUCUUUGGGAAUGUGC